UGAAAAUUUGUAAGAUUUUAGAGCAGAUCGGUGUCCGUGAUUUUCUCAAUUUAAGCCCAAUUUGUAGUAUUAAAGCUGUUGAAAAAUGCAGCGGGGACGAGCGCGAACCGUGUGAAAUGCAUGCGAAAGUCGUCGGUGCGGCAAAUCAGUGCGAAAAACAUCCCAAAUGCUCCAAGUGAAAAUCACCUAAGCUGAGGAAAACUCCAAGCCACACACACACACGCACUCGCUCGCACGCAGAAGAGACAAGUGAAAAGGAAAAGCGGUGUGUUGUGGUCAAACAUAGAGUGCGAAAAGUGCAAAAAGUGCGGAAAGUGAAGUGGCGGGCGUCGGAGAGCCGGAGUCCGUCGCAGGAAAAUCCGUCAGCAUGGAUGUCGAAACACAGGAAAUACGACAGGCUCGUCAACGUGCUUCCGUCAAAUGGCUGCUCUCGAAGGCGUUCAACAAUCGCGUGCCGGACAACCUCAAGGAGCCCUUCUACCGCGACCAUGAGAACCAGGAGCGCCUCAAGCCGCAGAUCAUCGUGGAGCUGGGCAAUGCCACGCUCUACUGCCAGACGCUGGCCAAUCUGUACUCAGAUCCCAACUACCAAAGCAUGAACCACUGGUCAAUAAUACAGACGCUAGCGCGCAAGGGAGUUCCCGUGGCCGAAUCCGCGGACAUGCCCAUUACCGAAACGGUAUUAAUUCAAACAAAUCCGCUGCGAAUUAACGCCCACAUGUCUGUGAUAGAAUCGCUGAUGGUUUUGUAUGCGAAGGAAAUAUCAUCGGGUGACCGCGUCAUGGCGGCCAUACGAAGAAUAUCUGGCAACAACUAUCAGGCGCCCACUGGCCAGUCCUACGAGCAAGCUCUGCUGGGCUGGAUUUCACAUGCAUGCGCCGCUCUGAAAAAGCGCAUUAUCAAGGAGGUGGACGCUGGGCUGCCCGACGAUAAUGGUUCUCGUCUGCAGACGCCGGAUAUACCACCUGUAAGGGACUUCCAGGAUCUGUGCGAUGGCAUCUGUUUGGCGCUGCUCAUCUCGUACUACUGCCCAAAGGUGGUGCCGUGGACGAGUGUGCGGAUUAACUAUUUGCCCGCCGUCGAGGACUCUAUUCACAACAUCCUGCUGGUCUGCAAUUUCUCGCAGAAGCAUCUGCCCUACACCGUGAUGCAUAUGACGCCCGAGGAUGUGACCUACAUGCGCGGAUCCAUGAAACUAAAUCUGGUAGUGCUGCUGACGGAUCUGUUCAACCUAUUUGAGAUACACCCAGCCAAAUGUGUUUGUUACCCCGGCAUGGAUGGUCAGGUUCCGCACUCGAAUUCAUUUGGCGGCGGCUUAAAUCGCAGAUCAACCCCGCCCAACGAAUACCAGACGGUUCAGUCAAAUAAUUUUGACGGUAAUCAUGCCGAAGCCUUCGUGGUGCACAAGUCGCGUGGCAUCACCACACUCGCCUCCAUGCACUCGCAGCAGCAGCAGCAGCUCCAUCAGCAGCAACAGCAUCAGCAGCAAUACCAUCAGCAGCCACUGCAGCAGCACCCGUCCCAGUCGCAGCUCCAAAUCCAACAGCAGGAGCCCUUGGUUCCGGCUCGCUUGCGCCAGGCUAAAGAAAAGACCAAUGUUGAGUCGAAGGCGGACGAGAGAGGCGAUUUUGUCGCUGCGGGUCGACCAAGUAACUGGGAACAGAGCCGCCGGCCAAGCUUUGCAGGUCGUCGCUCGCGCAGAAACUCCUCCAGCGAGGACUCCCAGCUGACCAUUGAGAACUUUGGUGGCUCGCAGGAUCAGCUGAAUACGCUGGGACGAUACGAACGCGACAGGGAACGCAAAUUGUCCAACACCAGUGUGGGCAGUUAUCCAGUUGAACCCGCUGUGGCCGUUCGCUCUUCAAUUGCCGAUGCUAGGGGCACGUUGCAGUUGGGUUACGAUACGGACUCUGGCUCUGAGAAGCAGGAUCGCGAAACGGAAAAGUAUUCGAUGCGCCGGCAAGUCAGUGUCGACAAUGUGCCCACGGUGUCGUCGCACAAUCUUUCGAAUGCGGGCAGCCCGUUGCCGGUGGCUAGGCACAAGCAACAUUCCAGCGACAAAGACUACAGCAGCAACAGCGGCAUGACACCAGAUGCAUACAACGAUUCCCGCUCCACCAGUGGCUACGAUCCGGAGAGCACGCCCGUUCGCAAGUCCUCGACGAGCAGCAUGCCAGCAAGUCCGGCUGCUUGGCAGUUGGAUGUGGGAGACGACGAUAUGCGCUCGCUGGAAAACGCCAGCAAGUUGUCCACCAUUCGAAUGAAACUGGAGGAGAAGCGGCGGCGCAUUGAGCAGGACAAGCGCAAGAUCGAGAUGGCUUUGCUGCGGCACCAGGAGAAGGAGGACUUGGAAUCGUGUCCGGACGUGAUGAAGUGGGAGACCAUGAGCAACGAAUCAAAGCGCACGCCUGAUAUGGAUCCCGUGGAUUUGGACAAGUACCAGCAAAGUAUCGCCAUUAUGAACAUGAAUCUGCAGGAUAUCCAGCAGGAUAUCCACCGCCUGGCCACGCAGCAAAGCCAAAUGCAGGCGCAGCACCUCCAAGCCCAACAGCUCAUGCAGGCUCAGCAAAUAGCCAACAUGCUGAACCAGCAGCAGACCUAUGGGUCGCAGCAGCACCUGGCUGAUCACCAUUACCAGCAGCAGAGACCCAUGCAGCAAAGCUUUGGUUCAUCGCCCCAUCUUCCGCAGGCCUACAACGCCCCAGUCAGCGCAUACAGCUCCCGUCCGCCCAGUCGCGAUCCCUACCAGCAGCAGCUCCACCAUCAGCAGCAGCAGCCCAUGCCCAUGCCGCAACAGAUGCAGUACGUCAACGAGCAUGGGCAGUAUAUGUCGCCGCCGCAGCCCGCACACUACAUGCCGCAGCAGGCACAACAGCCGCAAAGCAUUUACAGCGACAACGGGGCGGCGUACAAUCACAGUAACCACUCGCCAUACGGCGGAGGUCCACAGUAUCGGAGCAGCGUUGUGUACGACGAUUACGGGCAGCCCACCAAUCACUUCUACCUGCAUGAGUCAUCGCCGCAGCCUCAAGCUCAUCCGCAUCCGCAGCGCAGGACUUGGGCUCACUCCGCAGCAGCCGCCGCUUAUGAACAACAGCAACAGAUCCAGCCUUCCCUGGUGGAUGUGAAUGCCUGGCAGACGCAGCAGCACCAAAAGCAGAAGCAGACCUGGAUGAACAGGCCGCCCUCGAGUGCGGGAGCCCCGAGUCCUGGCAGCUUUAUGCUUCACCAGAACGGAGCAGGAGGUGGUGGCGGUGGUGGUGGCGAGCUACAGCACCUGUUUCAGGUACAGGCUUCCCCACAGCACGGCCAACGUCAGGUUAGUGGAUCGAAUGGCGUGCAGCGCCAGCAGUCGCUGACCAACUUGCGAGACAAUCGCUCGCCCAAGGCACCACAAAACAUGGGAAUGCCCAUGGGUAUGCCGAUGCAGCAGGAGGACAUGAUGGCACCGCAGAGUAUUUGCUUCAUCGGUGACGAGGAGGAUGUUGAUGAGCUGGAGCGGAACAUCAUCGAAUCUAUGCAGUCAACGCACGUCUCCGACUUUGUACACCAACAGCAGCAGCAGCACCAGCACCAACAGCAACUUCAGCAGCAACAUCGGUUGCAGGGGCACAGCGGACGAGGCAGCAGCUCGGAGGAUUAUGACAGCGGGGAGAUGAUCUCCAACAAGCUGAACAUCACCAGCGGCAAUCUCACCUAUCGCAUACCCUCGCCAUCCCGUCCCUCCAUCCAAGCCAACAGCUUCCAGGAUCCCCGAGCCAUGGCAGCGGCUUCCGGUGGCGAGGACCAGCCGGCCGAGAAGGGUUUCUACAUCUCCUUCGACGAUGAGCAGCCCAAACGACCCAAGCCACCUCUGCGCGCCAAGCGAUCGCCCAAAAAGGAGUCUCCACCGGGAAGUCGGGACAGCGUCGAUAACCAGGCGACCCUGAAACGCGAAUCGCUAAGUCAUCUGCACAACAACAACAAUAUUGGAUUCGCAAACGAUGAUGUCAACAGCAAACCGGUGACCAGGCACAGCAUCCAUGGCCUAAACAACUCCAACAGUGUCAAAACUCCCGGAAAUGCCACGUACAACAAGUACACGGAUGAGCCGCCAAUCCAAUUGCGCCAGUUGGCCGUUUCGGGAGCAAUGUCACCAACUAGUAACGAUCGUCAUCACUUGGAGGAUGUCAGCAAUCAGUCACCGCAGCAGACGCAGCAACCAAUGUCGCCCACGCGACUCCAACAGAGUAGCAACAACGCAGAGGCGGCCAAGAACAAGGCGCUGGUCAUCGGAGCAGAUUCCACCAAUUUGGAUCCGGAAUCUGUUGAUGAGAUGGAGCGGCGCAAGGAGAAAAUCAUGCUGCUGUCUUUGCAACGUCGCCAGCAACAGGAGGAGGCGAAGGCGCGCAAAGAGAUUGAGGCUUCCCAGAAGCGAGAAAAGGAACGCGAAAAGGAGGAGGAACGAUCGCGGAAAAAGGAGGAGCAAAUGGCACGGCGAGCGGCCAUUUUGGAGCAGCACAGACUCAAGAAAGCCAUUGAAGAGGCCGAGCGAGAGGGUAAAACCCUGGAUCGGCCCGAUCUGCACGUGAAGCUGCAAUCGCAUUCAUCCACCUCAACGACCCCACGGCUGAGGCAGCAGCGCACCACGCGUCCCAGGCCUAAGACAAUUCACGUGGACGAUGCCAGCGUGGACAUAAGCGAGGCUUCAAGCAUCUCUAGUCGGGGCAAAAAAGGCUCAAGCUCGAAUCUAACCGGCUACGGUCAACUAAGCUCAAAUUCAAUGAAAAGAGAUUACUACAGGGGCUCGCAAGACUCCCUCACUGUAAAAGAGCCAGCCGGCGUAGAAAGGGGCCGCACUCUGUCGCGUAUCUCCGUCGCUAAGGGCAGCACGCUUAAUUUCCGGGGCCGAAAGUCCAAUUCGCUAAUGAAUCUGUGCGACACAGAUUCGGGACUGGGACGCGCCACUCCGCCGAGGCGUGCUCCGUCGCCUGGAAUGGGAAUGGGCGCUUCAGGUAGGCAUAUGCCAUCUCCCUCCGGACCGGGCUCAUUGCCGCCAGGUUUGAUAUCGAAACGUCGCGGAUUUGAUGAUGGAUCCAGCGAUUUCUCUUUAACUCCGAAUUUGAACAUGGAAUAUUCGGGUCCUAAACUCUACAAACAACCAGCGGCCAAAUCGAAUCGUGGAAUCAUCCUGAAUGCCGUUGAAUACUGUGUUUUUCCCGGCGUUGUCAACCGCGAGGCCAAACAGAAAGUGCUGGAGAAGAUUGCGCGCUCGGAGGCGAAGCACUUCCUGGUACUCUUCCGCGAUGCUGGCUGCCAGUUCCGCGCCCUCUACAGCUACCAGCCCGAAACGGACCAGGUGACCAAGCUGUAUGGUACUGGGCCUAGUCAAGUCGAAGAAGUCAUGUUCGACAAGUUUUUCAAAUACAACUCAGGAGGCAAGUGCUUCUCGCAAGUGCACACAAAGCAUCUGACAGUGACCAUCGACGCCUUCACAAUACACAACUCCCUGUGGCAGGGCAAGCGGGUGCAGUUGCCCAGCAAAAAAGACAUGGCGCUUGUAAUCUAAGCGGUGGGCUGAGAAUUUUGAGUGGCAUCUCGAUUCGGAUGCAGGAGGGAGGCAGCAGUGGAGCGGUUUGGCCAACAACGGGCGCUUGGCGCGGU